GCCGCCUAGUUGUCAAAUUGUGCGAGGCGUCGUUUGUUUUAUUUUCUUUCUGGCUGUUUUUCCGCGAAAAUAUCCCCGUGAUGGGCUCGAAAAAGCACAAGAAACACAAGAGUGAGCGUCGGGAGCGAUAUGAAGAUCCAAAUCUCAGUCCCGGACGACCACCGAGUCUGAAGUUGAUUCUCAAGGUGGGCAGCAACUCAACGCCUGAGUAUGGGAAUGACUCUCCAGCUUACGGGGUGCAGAAUGAUCAGUAUCUGCAGGAGCUUCAUGAGCGUCACAAGAAGAGCAAGAAAAAGAAGAAGAAAAAGGACCGGGAGAAGAAGCACAAGCAUCAUCAUAAGGAGAAGCGACGCCACCGCGAUGACUCCAGCUUCGACGAUAUGAGUAUUGGUGAGGAUAGCCAGAUGCAGGACUCUAUGAUGAGGUAUGGCGGAGUGUCCAAGGGAUUGGCUCAUCUGCGCUCGCCGGAGUCCAUCUCAUCGCAGGAGCACAACAGUUCGGGGUCAAUGCAGUCCCCGCAUGGGCCUAAGCUUCACCAGGAGAAGCCUGCGACUGUGUCUGAUGGAACAGGACGCGAGCCGAGACAGUGUGUGUUGAAAUUGAAGCAGAGUCGAUCGCCUCUGGCGAAAAUUCUGGAUCAUCUUCUGCGGAGCCUUGAGAAGAGGGAUCCUCACCAGUUCUUCGCGUGGCCAGUGACAAACGACAUUGCUCCAGGCUAUUCAGCUAUCAUCACGAAGCCCAUGGACUUCUCAACGAUGCGCCAGAAGAUCGACGAGAAUGCGUACACGACGAUUCAGGAGUUUGGGGACGAUUUUCGGCUAAUGUGUGAGAAUGCUAUCAAGUACAACCACGUGGAGACGGUGUACCACAAGGCAGCUAAGCGGCUACUUCACGUGGGCGCGCGGAUGCUUCAGCCAGAGAAUCUCAUGCGCUCCCUGCGCUCAUUCAUGGUGUACAUGCGAGAGUUGACGCCCAAGGAGUUGGGCUUUGAGCUGCCCAACUCUGAGAAUCACGACACUGAACAAUGCGGAGGCGAUUCAGCAGAUGAAGAGACUUCAACGGGCGCUGAGGAGAAUGUGAAUGUGAAUAAUGAGGAGGACGUAAAGCGAAAGCCUAUGAGGCAGAUAAACAACCCCAAGAGUCGCUUCGAACCCUUCAUGGACGACAUGUCGGCUGAGGAAGUGUUGGCGCAGGUCCAGAAGGCCGCCAGAUCGGCAAAGUCCAGGGUAUUCACUCGCCAGCGGGCACACAAGAUGGGCUUCCUGAGGCAGCACAAGGACGGCACCACUAGCAUGAAAAUUCUCCUCGACAGCGAGGGAAAUUGCACUGGACAGGAGCGAUUGAUAUCCUUGGGUGCCUUCACGGGACGCCUGAAGCAAGGCACUGGACAGAUUCAGGGCAUUCGAGAGGAUAGACGGAAUCUCGCCAAGGCGGUGAAGCCUCUUAAUUAUGGCGCUUUCAGUUCCUUCGCUCCAGUGUUUGACUCUCGCUUUGCCAAUCUCAGUAAAGAGGAAUCCCAGCUCGUGCUGUCCACUUAUGGUGAUGACACUGGUACUCAGUACGCCGAGAGCAUCCUGGAGUUCACCAAGAGCAGCUCUUACGCUAGUUCACUGGCCAAUGGACUUCUGGACGUGCUCACUGGUGGGGAACAUCGGAAGACUCUGGCCAAAAUCACAGAAUCCCACCGACAGCGCUCAGAGAAGGAGGAGGUGGAGAAAUCGUUCCCAGAUCCUGAUCCGCCAACCAAGACGGCCGAAUUGGCGGCAGUGAAAGUCGAUUUUGACGCCUUGCGCUCUCUCACAGAUUUGGGAAUUGACGUGAAGUUUGUGGAUCAGUUGGAGAGAAUGACAAGUGACGUGGACAAUCAGAAGAGAUUCCAGACUCAACUCAAUCUCACGUCGAAUUUGCUUGAGAAGCUGCACCAGGUGCAAUUCGAGCGGUUGUCGCAGCCGCCGCCGAUGCAUCUGAGCCAAGUGCAGCAGCCGGGCAGUGAUGAAAUGCAACUGGCCACACAGAUAACGUCUAAUAUAGCAGAAAUGGCUAAGAAUCUCCCACCGGAAGCCAUCACAACACCGCACGCACUGAGGAAAGCCAUGGGAGUGUCAACUGCUGGCCUAGAGCCCUAUCAGAUGCAGAGAGUGAGUCUGGUCGGAAAUGUUCAGGGUGUUCCUCGCCUUGCAUGCGAUAUAUCACCGGAUAUGGACAUCACGCCUGUUCCCAUGGAAAUUGAGCCGGAUUCACUGGUGCACCAUCAGAAUCACAAUCACGCCAAUGUCGACAAUACCACACCUGUCGACCUGGAGACGGAGCUGCGGGAGUUCCUGGAGGGUGGCAGCAGUAGUGAAGUGGAGCAUGAUACAAGUAGCAUUGAGCAAAUGCUGCUCAAUUGAGGAGAGAGACAGCCAGUGAGUGAGACAGUGUGGGUUGAGAGAGAAUUAUCUCUUUUUUGAUCAAUUUAAUUAAUCCUUCUCUGCGCUUUUGUGCUACAGUUAAGAGGGGAGGGAUGUGUAUUUGUGUUUCUCUAAUAUAAAUUCCAAUUAUUGUGUCCCUGGGGAGAGAGGAAGAAAGGAUGAAAAAAAAUACAGAAAUAUGAUUUUCCAUGUGAAAGACACCAAAAUGUACUUUUUCUCUGGCGU